AUGUCAAGUCGAAUUAAAUUACCAUUUAAAUUAGGUGAUUCAAAAAAAAUAAAUGAAAUAGAAAUAAAUGAAACAUUAAAAAAAGAUGACUUUUCAUUAAGUGAAAUGGUUCGAUAUGGUUUUCCAUACCGACCAACAACAGUUGCGUAUGAUCCUGUACAAAAAAUUCUUGCUAUUGGAACAAAACAUGGUCUUAUUAAAAUUUAUGGUGGUGCAUUUGUUGAAUGUUCAUUACAACAUCCAAGUGAAGUUGAAAUUGUUCAAUUAGUUUUUCGUAUAAAUGAAGGUGCAUUGAUAAGUGCUUGUAAAGAUAAUUAUAUACAUUUAUGGAAUUUACGUCAAAAGAAGCCAGUUAUUGCUAAUUCACUUCGAUUUGUUAAAGAAAAAAUAAGUCGUUGUUUAUUACCACUUGCUUUUAAUUCAAAAUGGCUUUUAGUUGGUACUUAUUGUGGAAAUGUUUAUGUUGUUAAUCUUGAUACAUUUACACUUUCAUCAUAUAAAAUUAUGUGGAAUAAUGCUAUUGGAAUGGGUAAAAGUUCACAUCCAGGAGUUGUUGUUGAUUUAUGUCAAAAUCCUGAUGAUCCAACUCGAUUGUACAUUGGAUUCAGUACACAUUUAUCAUCACCAAAUAAUGUUCCAGUUGGUCAUGUUAUUUGUUGGAAUUUACAACAAAAAACAUCUGAAAGUGUUUAUACAUUAUCACAAGGUUUAACAUCUCUAUCAUGGCAUUAUGAAGGUCGACAAUUUAUGUGUUCACAUUGUGAUGGUUCAUUAUCCGUAUGGAAUUUACGAUCUGUUGAUAAGCCCGUUAGCAUAAAUUAUCCACAUAGUCGUAUUUGUAAAGAUGAAACACCUAAAUUUGCACCAAUAGGAAAAGUUGUUUGGAGUGUUGUUAAAAACUCUGGAGAUUCAUUUAUAAUAUUUUCUGGUGGAAUGCCAUCACAAACUGAUCAACAACAAGCAUCUGGUAAUAAUACACAACCAUCAAAACCAUCAUCAUAUUUUUUAACAAUACUUCGUGGUCAAACAACAAAUGUUCUUCAUAUGGAUAAUUCAAUUGUCGAUUUUCAUGUUAUAUCACCAUCGCCACAUAUAGCUGAUGUACCUGAUCCAUCAGGUGUUGUUAUUUUACUUGAAAAUGAUCUUGUUAUGAUUGAUUUAAAAAAUGAAAGUUAUCCUUUAUUUGAAAGUCUUCAUACAUUAGAUUUACAUGAAUCAUCAAUAACUUAUUGUGAUUAUAUAACAGAACCAAAUACAAAUUUUUAUCAAAAUCUUCUUCGUUUACAUUCAAAACAAACAUCUAAACGUUCAUUUAGUCAACAGGAUAAUCCAAUAUCAGGUGGUCGUUCAGGUUCAACUAUAUUUGGUUAUAAUGAACUUAUUAUAACUGGUCAUGCUGAUGGUUCAAUUAAAUUUUGGGAUGCAUCAGGUUGUAAUCUUGUAUUUUUAUAUAAAUUACGUACAAAUCGUUUAUUUGAUCGUAUACAAUCAACAAAUCCUAUACCAACAACAAUAUUAAAUACAAAUAAAGAAAUAAAUUCAAAUAUAAAAUUUGAUACAAAAUCAACACGUACAAAUAGUGGUACAAAUGAUGAACAAUUAAUGUUAAUGAAUGAUGAUAAUCCAUUUAGUAUUUAUUCAAUAAAAAUGUGUUGUGAAGGAAAAUAUUUAAUUGUUGCUGGACGUGGUGGACAUGUAACAUUAUUUAAAUUUAUGGGUUCAGAAUUAGAUAAAGCUGAUGAAGGUUUAGCUGAUUUAUCAUGUUUAGAAAUACCAAUAUAUCAUAGAAAUUUAUCAAAUGAACAUGAAGAUAGUAAUAAAAAUUCAUCUAAUACAGUUAUAAAUGAUUUACAAUCAACAAUUAAACAAAAUAUUGAUAAAAAAGACUUUAAAAGUUUACUUCGAGCUAAGAAAGGUUAUCGUCGAAUGGCUGGUUAUCAACCAGAACUUGUUUGUUUAUUAUCAUGGUUACCAAAUGAUAAAGUACCACUUUUAACUGAUAUAUCAAUUAAUUCAAAAUAUGGAUUAUUAAUAUUUGGAUUAGAAAAUGGUCUUGUUGUUAUUGAUUAUUUAAGUAAAUAUAUUCUUAUGAAUAUGGUAACAAGUGAUUUAUAUGGUACAAUGGAUCCAUUUCAACGAGCAACAUCAUCACCUAAACGUCGUAUUGGACCAUCAACUGAUUUAAAUAAUGAUGAUUUAAAUACAUUUUCAUAUGAAUAUCAGCAACAAUCAUUAACACCUAAUUUACAAACAGUAACAAAAAUAUAUAGUUUUAAUAAUAUUGAUGAAAAUUUUUCAAAAAAUCUUUUACAACCAUUUGAUUCCUGUACACAAAUACAUCGUUCACGAUCAAAUGAAUCUGUACCAACAAUAAUAAGAGAAUAUACAGAAGAAAAAACAUUACCAUCAUCAAAUAAUCCAACAUUAGCUAAAACAAUUCGUACAAUACGUAAACAUUUUUCACGUACAACAAAUAAUAAAAAUGAUAAUCAAAUUUUAUUUGAUCAAAAUGAAAUAAAUAAUUUUGAUGAAGAAUUUAAUACAAAUUUUUCUAAACCAACAAUAACACAUGUAUCAUUAAAACAAUUAUUACCAAAUGAUAAUACAUUAACAUCAUUUGAUAAUCAAUUUAAAAAUUGUUCAUCAAAUAUUCAAACAAAUGAUACAUAUACAUAUGAAACUAUGAAAGAUAAAUUUUCUAAACAAAAUUCAUAUCCAACAAAUGAUAUUUAUCAUCCAACAAUGCAAAAUAAACCAGCAAUUUCAACAACUGUUACAACAUAUCAUACACGUACUGUUACAGUACAGAAAAAACGAUCUCAAGUGCCAUCGACUGAUAUUAAUACGGCACUUUACAAACCAUUGGUUGUUGAUCUUCCACGUUCAUCAAGUACAUCUAGUUUGGAUAAUAUAAUUACAAAUGAAAGUAUAUGUACAAUACAAUUUUCUGAAUCUUUUACAUAUAAAAAUGAUUUUACUAUUGCACCAAGUGUUUGGCUUGGUACAAGUACUGGUUCUGUUAUAGUUGUUAAUUUAAAUAUUAUUUAUGAACCAAGAAAUAUCAGUGUUGUACCAAGUGGAACUGUUUUUCGAUUAAGUGGCCGAUUAUUACAUAUUUCUUUUCUUGAUCAAAAGGGAAUAUUAAUACCAUCGCCAAGUGAAAAAUGGGAUACAAAAAAAACUAAAACAAAUCGAACUACAGAUGGUACACAAGAAUUAAAUGCAUCAUCAGUAUUACCGAGUAGUAGUUUAUCGUCUUCUCCAGUUACAAGUACUCCAUCAAGUAGUAUACAAUAUACAGUAUUUUGUUCAUCAAAAGAAGCUCGAGUAUUUUCAUUACCAUCUCAAAUUUGUAUAUCAAAACAAAAAAUUUUCGAUUCACUUGGUGCAUCAGCAUCAAAUAUAAUGCGUGCAUCGGUUGUUAAAAUAGCAGGUUCUGCUUGUUUAACAUGUUAUUUAUCAGCUGGUCGUAUACAAGUUUAUAGUUUACCUAGUUUACGUGAACUUUUUAAUACAAGUCUUGAUUCAGCUAUGGAUUCAUUUAGAGCAAUGAUAGGUUUAACAUUUACAUUUACAAAUCGAGGUCAUGGACUUUAUAUGUGUUCACCAACAGAAAUUCAAAAAAUUACACUUUCUGCUGAUGUUAAAGAACAAAUUAAUGAAAUGCUUUGCGAAUUAUAUAGUCCAUCAAUAUCAAUGCCUGAAGCACCAAAACAAAAUUUUUUUGCUAAACUGUUUGCUUCGAAUUCAAUGAUUGAUUCAGAUCAAUUAUUUGGUGAAACAGCAGGAAAAGCUCCAGCUGGUAUUAUUAAAAAAGAAGAUGUUAAUGUUAACAUGAAUCAAUUACGUGGAACAGCUGAAUCAACAAAUAGUGUUAUACAUGAUACACGAAUGAAAUUACUUGAACGUGGCCAAAAAUUAAAUGAAAUAGAUCUUGCAUCAAAACAAAUGGCUGAACGUGCUGAAGAAUUUGCUAGUCUAACACAUAAAGUUAUGUUAAAACAAAAAGAAAAAGCAGAAUGGUCAUGGCCAUUUACAUCAAAAAAAUAG